AUGGAGACUCUCCAACAGUCACCCUUCUCCAAUGACCAAUACACCGUGGGAUGGAUCUGUGCGCUUCCAAUCGAGUUGGCAGUAGCCAAAGGCACGCUAGACGAGGAACACGGGGCCCCGCAGACUCCCACAGCAGAGGCAGAUCAGAAUGCUUAUCUUCUUGGAAGAGUCGGUAAUUUCAAGGUGGUCGUCGCUUGUUUGCCUAACGAUCAGAUUAGCUCAGUAUCCGCCGCAGUGGUCGCAGGAGACAUAGUCUCUACCUUCCCUAAGAUCCGAAUUGGCCUUUUGGUAGGAAUUGGUGCUGGAAUUCCAGAUGAAGACAAUGAUAGUCGACUCGGCGAUGUGGUCUUCAGCAGUGAUAAAGAGAGCGGAGGUGUCGUUGUCUAUGAUUUUGGUAAGCGUCUCGCAGACGGCUCUUUUCAGCGCAUCUCAAUAUUGAACCGCCCACCCAGAUCGCUAAGCUCUGCCCUUGUUCAGCUCGAGGCAGCACAUAUGACACGCGAAACCCAUAUCUCACACUAUAUCGACACUAUGUUGCAGAAGCAUCCGAUUAUGCGAAAGGCUGGUUACCGUCGGCCGGCUCAGGACACAGAUCGCCUAUUCGAUGCUCACUAUCAACAUUCCGCUGGUCGGACAUGCAAAGGAUGUGAUCCCUCGGAGGAGGUAUCUCGAGAACCACGCCAAGACAAGUAUCCACUAUGGACAAUUGCUACUGGUGAUUCUGUCAUCAAGCAUGCUCCUACCAGGGAGGAACUCAAGCAGACGCACAAUGCGAUUUGUUUGGAAAUGGAGGCAUCUGGAUUGAUGAACAACUUCCCUUGCCUAAUCAUUGGAGGGAUUUCUGACUGCGCUGAUUCUCAUAAAAAUGAUCGCUGGCAUGCUUAUGCUGCUGCGGCCGCGGCUGGAUGCGCUAAGGAGGUUCUUCAAUAUGUCCUGCCAAAGGAGGUUGACCUGGCCUCCGCCGCUAAAGAUGUCCUUGGUCAAGGUACGAACUUCGAGACCGUUCGGUGA